UCUGCUUGUAGCUCUUUCUUCCACCCAUGGUCUGCCUUGUGGAUUUACAGUGUAAACACUUCAGAGCAGGAACUAUCUCUUACCCCGUGUUUGCAAAAUGCGCAGAUGCUGUGGCCCUGAUUUCAGUUGGGGUCUUUAGGCACCCCUGGUGCCUUGACCAAGCACCAUUAAUGUGUGUCCUUUAUUACAGUUGUGUUCUCUUCAGUUGGUGGCUGACAUUUCUGUACUCUCCAAAAAGCUUAAAGAAAACUAGAGAGAGAGAAAGUUUUACCAGAGAUUUCACUGAAGAAGUAUUAAUGACCCCUGUGACAAUGGCAGAAAGUGGUGGGCAGGAAAAGGCAAGAUGGAUCACAACUGUUAUCAUGAGUUCAGCUCUCCAGAGUCAUGAAGUUUCAGCAUAUCUACAGAGUCAACACCACAGAGUUCGAUAUUCAGAUUCGGUGGAAAAUGGAGCCAUGAUUUUUUCUCUUUCCGGCAUUGCAUUUCUAUUGGCAGACACACAAGACGUGUUUAAGCCAGGAGGAGAACAGUUUUUAGACAGAACUGAGAAGUUCAUAAACAUUCAUCGGAAUAGUUUUUUGCUUUUGUCAGCUGCCUUGCAUGGACCAAAAGAAUGGGAUUUAAUGUUCAGGAUUCAGAAAAGAUUCCUGGGCAGUAAUUUACGUGUAAUUCCAGUUCAUAACGCUGCUGAAAUAGUUAAACUCAUGCUAACUAUAGCCAAGAUCACCUGCAAACCACAAAUAGACAACAUUCGCUACAGAAUGCUAAUGGCAAAAGCCCAGAUCAUAGACCAGAGUCCAGUUUGGAAAAUGCUUCACAAGAUCCAGUUGGAUUGUAACUAACUUAGUACCAAUUA